CCUCCCCUCCAUCCAUCAAGGUCAUGGUGAAUGACUAAACUCACCAUACUCCGUGUCACGGUGUACCGUGAAGUAUUCUUGAAAGCUUCCAUCUCCUCCUUGCUCCUAUCGUGCCUGAUGUCUCACUAUCAUAGCGCGAUACGCUCACUUGCCGAGGCGAGGGAGCAAAGUGGGGCAACUUGGAUAUAUAAGGGUGGUCUGUGUGUGAGGUCAAGCCCCUCUGGCUGCACAGCUUAUUAGACGUACACUUCAGCUCCCCUCGAUUGCUUGCCUCACUAGCCAUCAUUCACUCCUCAACCUCGCUCCUGCUGACUAGCCCCUCCUAUCCACGUCCUUCACUCUCUCCUACGCCCCUGCUCUCACCAUCACCACCUGCCCGCCCACCAUGCCCUCCGCACCUCAGCUCGGCUUUCUCAACACCACCUCUCAGGGGUGGUCGGAGCUCAGACUCCUCACCACCCAGACCACCGCCGCCUCGGUCAAUCUUGACGGACAGGGUCUCACCAUCUCGCAGAUUGUGGCCGCCGCAAGAUACGGGGCCAAGGUCUCUUUGGGAUUCGAGACCAACGCCGAGGCACGAGCCAAAAUCGACGCCGCAGUCAAGUGUCUCAACGACAAGCUCGACGCGGGAGAAUCCUUGUACGGCAUCAAUACCGGAUUCGGAGGUAGUGCAGAUUCUCGCACGAACAAUCCCAAGGCCUUGCAGCUCGCACUGCUUCAGCAUCAGCAAUGUGGUCUGCUUGAGCUGCCCCAGACCUCUUCUUACUCUACCCCGUCCGGAGCCGCUGCGUCUCUCAGUCUGUCAGAGGAGAAACUCUCCAUGCCUGAGGCCUGGGUCCGCGCUGCCAUUGCCGUACGCCUCAACUCCCUUGUCCGAGGUCACUCGGGCGUGCGCGUAGAGGUACUGCGAACCAUGGCCGCGUUGCUGGAGCAUAAUAUCACCCCCGUCGUUCCACUGCGAGGCUCCAUCUCCGCCAGUGGGGACCUGUCGCCAUUGAGCUACAUCGCUGGCUGUCUUGCAGGCGAGGACGGGAUCCAGGUUUGGAUCGAUGGACCUGACGGCGCGAGAAUCAAAGUACCCAGCUCCAAGGGUCUGGCCCAGUACAAGCUUGAGCCCGUGCGCUUCCAUCCCAAGGAGGCUCUUGGCAUCCUCAACGGUACUGCUGUCUCUGCCGGUGUAGGAGCACUUGUACUUCAUGACGCCGCCAAUUUGGCGAUGCUCACGCACAUCACUACCGCCAUGGCUGUUGAAGCAAGCACUGCCACCGAUGCUUCCUUUGCUGCCUUUAUUGGUGAGGAGUGCCGCCCUCACCCCGGUCAGAUCGAAUCGGCAUCUACCAUCUUCGGUCUGCUCAAGGGUAGUAAGCUCGCAACCCAUUUGACCGACGAAGGCAUUCACUUGCUCAGGGACGAAGACGAAGGAUCACUCCGCCAGGAUCGAUACCCCCUGCGCACUGCUUCUCAAUUCAUGGGCCCUCUCCUCGAAGACAUUCUUGCCUCUUGGAAGUCGCUCAACAUCGAGCUCAAUUCGACAACUGAUAAUCCCCUCAUCUCCGUCCGGGAGAACACCAUCCACCACGGCGGUAACUUCCAGGCGAGCUCAGUCACUACUGCCGUCGAGAAGACUAGGCUUGCCCUGGCUCUCUUUGGAAAGCUCACCUUUGCGCAGGCUACGGAGCUGAUCAAUCCCGCUAUGAAUAGAGGUCUGAACGCCAACUUGAGCGCUACUGACCCCUCUCUGAACUUCCACUGCAAAGGUGUCGAUAUCGCGCUUGCAGCUGUCACUUCGGAGCUGCAAUUCCUUGGUAGCCCCGUAUCGACGUACAUCCAGCCAGCCGAAAUGUCCAAUCAGGCCGUCAACUCACUUGCCUUGAUCUCUGCACGUUACACGGUCCACUCCAUCAAUGCGCUCCAGCAGCUUCUCGCCUGGACACUCUAUCUCCUCUGCCAGGCCCUCGAUCUCCGAGCUCUGCAGCGCACUCUCGCCUCUCAACUAUCGACACAGAUUUCCAAUUCCAUCUCGAAGCAUUUUUCCACCUGGAUUGAACAGCCCGACCAGACCGAUCUUUCUGCAAAGGUCUUUUCGAGACUGCAGAAGAGGAUGGACGAGACGAGCGCUAGAGACUUGGAAGCUCGUCUCCUGGAGAGCUAUCAGAUGGCCGGCUUUGAGAUCCACAAGUUCUUUGCUGGCCUACCCUCGGGAGGUGGAUCAGACCCGCUGCGAAACAUCCUGUCGUGGAGGGAUGAGAGUGUGCAGGAGACCAAGGAACUCUACAGGAAGACUACCCUGGAGUUCCUCGAGUCUCCUCAAGCCUGCCACGCCUCCUCUUUGCUUGGCUCGACACGUCCUGUGUACGAGUUUAUCCGUCGUACCCUCGGAGUGGGCAUGCACGGCAUUGACAACUACCAUGAAUUUGCAGAUGUAGAGGCUUUUGGGAAGCGACCUACCAUUGGAGAGGGCGUGAGUGUGAUUCUUGAGAGUCUAAGGAAUGGUGAUUUGUUCAAGGUGCUCUUUGAGGAGGGAGUACUGCUUGCAAAGUGAGAUCGGGAUAGGUAGUGGGAGAGGAGAUGGAUGAAGUAUACCACAAGAAGAGGAGGAGGGGAGGUGGAGGCUGUAUUCGCGUUGCGC